CAAAUAAUCCUUCUUUUUUUUUUUGCACUCUUUGGGUUCUUAACGAUGAUGGCGUGAAGGAGAGAGAAAGAUAAAGAGAGGUGGAGAGAUAAAGUAAGCAGCUUUGGUUAUAGGAGAGAAGAAGAGAGAAGAUUCAGAGAAACAAAAGUGUCUCAUUUUUUUUCUUCUCUGCAUUUUCCAUUUUAUCCUGUCGUCUUUGAAGCUUUUGUAAAAAGCUAAAAAAAAAAAGAAAGAAAAGAUGAUCAACGACGAAGACUAGACACGGAGAAAGAGAGACCCACUUCACUUUCUUCUUCUUCUUCUUCUUCUUCUUCUUCUUCUUCUUCUUCUUCUUAUUCCAUCUCUCUUCCAAAGAUACUCUGCUUCUGAGUCUUCAGGACAUCGAUAAAAAUGACGAAAGUGUGUCCUGAGAUCGAAGACAUGACAUUGCCAGAACCAGUUACUACAGUAUCAGCGGAUGUGAGCUUCGCUUCUAAUCAUUUUCCAACCUACAAACUAGGACCUGAUAAUCAGAUAGUAGAGGAACCAAAAGAAGAUGAGAAAGGUCCAUCAGUUCAAGACACUGUCGAGAAAGAGAGCGAGUUGUUGUCUGAUCAGCACAAGCGUCUCUCAGUGCGUGACCUCGCUAGUAAAUUUGACAAGAACUUGGCUGCAGCUGUUACUUUGGCUGAUGAGGCGAAAUUAAAAGAGGUGGCUUCUUUAGAGGGACAUGUUAUGUUGAAGAAGCUAAGAGAUGCUUUAGAGUACAUGAGAGGACGCAUGGACGGUCAAAACAAGGAGGAUGUGGAGAAAGCUAUCUCUAUGGUUGAAGCAUUAGCUGUGAAGUUAACUCAGAAUGAAGGUGAGCUAAUUCAAGAAAAAUUUGAAGUGAAGAAACUUGGAAACUUCCUCAAGCAGGCUUCAGAAGAUGCAAAGAAGCUGGUAAACCAAGAAAAAUCAUUUGCUUGUGCUGAGAUUGAAAGUGCCAGAGCCGUUGUGCUUAAACUUGGAGAGGCAUUUGAAGAACAGGAGCGUAGUUCUGAAGCUUCUAGAGCUCAGGGACCUGACGUUGAGAAACUGGUUGAGGAGGUCCAGGAAGCUAGACAGAUCAAACGUAUGCAUCACCCAACAAAGGUGAUGGGCAUGCAACAUGAGCUUCAUGGUUUAAGAAAUCGACUCCAAGAGAAGUAUAUGAACUCUAUUAAACUUCAUCAAGAGAUCAAGAGAGCCGAGGAAUCAAAGUCCUGUCCGUUUGUUCUGGAAGGCACACAGAGUCUCGGCUCUUGCUUAAGAAUCUGUGUCUCCUCAGACAAUGCUACAGAUCUUUCCAGCUGUUCAAUCCAGUGGUACCGUGCAGCAUGUGAAACAAGUAGAAGGGAAGCUAUAUCUGAUGCAAACCAAUCAGUAUACGCACCAGAACCAUUUGAUGUUGGGAGGAUAUUACAGGCAGACAUUCUAUCAAACGGACAGAAAGUCACUGUUACAACAGAUGGUCCAAUUGAUCCUGAUUCUUGCUUGCAAUCCCGUGUAGAGUCUCUGAUGCGAAAAUCAAACAGUGAAUUCAAUGUGGUUAUAUCACAGAUGAAUGGACAGGACUAUGCAUCUAGAACUCAUGUCUUUACCGUUGGAAAGACAAGGAUAAAGUUGUCUCGAGGAUGGAUCACAAAGGCGAGAGAAAUAUACUCAACAUCCAUGCAGCUCUGUGGAGUUCGAGGCAACAUCAAGGCUCCUGCAAGAGCAUUGUUCUGGCAACCAAGAAAGAGUCUAACUUUCAUACUAACCUUUGAAUCAGAACAAGAACGUAACACAGCCAUAACCCUUGCUCGAAAAUACGCUUUCGAUUGCAAUGUUACACUGCUUGGGCCAGAUGACUAAACAAAUGGUGAACAAGACAUUGUCAUUAACCCACAACCACCUGAUUCUUUUUUUGUUCUGUGUGUUGUUUGUUUGUUUGUCUUUUUUCACACUGUGGUUCCAAAGAAGGAAGGUGCAAGUUUGGCUUCUCAUUCAUCAUCCAAUGUUGCUUGCUGCAUAGAGUUUUAUUAUAGGCAGCAGAUUUCAUUUUUUUUCCUCUUCUUUUACCAGUUCAUCAGUUUGAUAUGGUUUCCAUUUCUGAUUUGUUUUGGUUUGUUUGCUUGAUUUCUAUUUUUUUUUUUUAAUGAUUUAGGACACAACAUUGUUAAUCAGCUUAUGAGUGUGAGAUCAGAAAUACAGAGUUGUUUGUAACAUUACAAGCUUAUGAGACAAUAUUCCAUUUUCAGCA